GAAACCUUUAGCCAAAUUUUGUAAAAAUUGUUUAGUAGCUAAUUUAACCCAUACGUGGAUGACUAUCCAGCAACUAACCGCAAAAAAGUCUCGCAUAAAGCUCUUGAAGACACCGGCUGCCAUUGCGAAGGAUUUCGAGGAAAGCGAAGCCCCUAAGCAGAAACAACAAGAUGAUGAACUUCAGCGCCCAAGCGGACUUCGAAGCAACUUACAAUUUUGGAUCACCCAACGGGUCACAGGAAUGUAACCAGCAGUCUGCAUUUGGAGGAGAUUUCAACUUCAACGGUCACCCCUGCUUCACCCAUUACGGCUAUCCUAGCGAGUUGACCGAUAUGUCCAGAAAUGGACUGGGCUCUGGCCCUUCAGCCUCCAGAGGCACAUCUAGCCGGAUUCCUCGCUGCGCGCAAAAACCUCGUCAGAUUCCCUCUCCGAGGAUCAACUACUCAUUUCGUCCAGUGUUCCACGAAAGGACGACCGAGGAGGACGACAGCAUACUCACCCAACAGCUGUGGAAACUGGCGCGCAGAUCGGGUACUCUUAAUCUCUCCAACAAGGGACUAGCCCGAGUGCCCGGACGCCUCUACGACAUCAACGAUGCGGAUGAGGACAGCAAGGCCGCUAACCUGGAGAAGCUGACGAUGAAGGAAGAGGAUGCCUGGUGGAAUCAGGUUCCGCUGAACAAUCUGGAUCUCAGCUCCAAUGCCCUGACACACCUAUCGUCCAAGAUCGAGAAUCUGGCAUCGCUUACUGUUCUAACACUGCAUGAUAACGCCUUAGUGGAGCUGCCGCCAGAGAUCGGCAAACUGGAGAAGCUCAUGCGCCUGAAUGUGAGCCACAAUAAGCUCAGUCACCUGCCGCGUGAGAUCUACAGUUUGCCGGACCUGCGGCAUCUCAACAUUUCAUACAACGAGUUCAAGGAACUUGAUCCGGACAUAAGUGACCUGCACAUGCUCGAGUUUUUGGACGGCGGGCAUAACAACAUCCAAUCCCUGCCCGGCGGCAUUGGGUUCUUGGUGCGUCUAACUACGCUCCUGUUGCCCUAUAACCACAUCAAGGAACUACCACCCGAUCUUGUUAACAUGCGUUCUUUGCAAAAGAUUGAACUGGAGCAAAACGACCUGAUCGGAUUGCCAGACGACAUGGGUCUGCUAAGGAAGCUGGAGUGCCUAUAUUUGCAGCACAAUGACAUUCUGGAACUGCCCGAUUUCGAGGGUAAUGAGAGCCUCAAUGAGCUUCAUGCCAGCAACAAUUUUAUAAAGACCAUACCAAAGAGUAUGUGCAGCAACUUGCCACAUUUGAAGAUCCUGGACCUUCGGGACAACAAGAUCACAGAGUUACCUGAUGAGCUGUGCCUCCUGCGCAACCUGACCCGCCUGGACGUGUCCAACAAUUCGAUCAGCGUCCUGCCUGUCACUCUCUCGUCGCUUGCCCAUCUUAUCAGCCUGCAGGUGGACGGGAAUCCCAUCAAGACCAUUCGCCGCGACAUUCUGCAGUGCGGAACAACGCGUAUACUGAAGACCCUGCACGAACGCGCCAUGGCCAACAAGGAGGAGGGAGGAUCCGACGCGGCCUCCACUUCUGGUGGCAUAAGCGUAACCCGCCUUCGAGGUGGACACACAGACACUGGAGAUAUUCCGGAAAACUUCCCGGAUAGUAGCUAUUCAAAUCAGCAGCCAUCACAAUUCGGAUGUAGGUGUCCGUAUCCAUGCCAGCAGCAUAUGCAGCAGAAUGUGCAGCCCUUUUGUGUCUAUGAGCCGCUUAGGAAUUGCCCGGAGUAUGAUAGGGAGACGCAGGGACACAUAUACGAGCCCGAGAGCUAUGAGCAACAGCACCAAAGUGGCAACAUGGCUAAUCUAUUCAUGAAACAGCAGGAGCAGCGGCGGUCGUCUGGCUAUCACAACAGUUACAUGUACCAGCAGCAGCAGGAGCAAUAUGUCUACGGUCAAGAUAACUCACAUCACAGCACCAAUCGCAUGGCUGUGCAUCCGCGUUGGGUAUACAAAUUACGACAUACACGUACAUUAGCUGUCAACUUAGAGCAGCUCACUGAAGUUCCGGAGCAAGUGUUUCAGUUGGCCAAGGAGGAGGGUGUUCAUGUGGUGGACUUUGCCCGCAACCAGCUGAGCACAUUGCCGAAUGGGCUGCAGCACAUGCGGGAGCAGCUCACCGAGCUGGUGCUGUCCAACAACCUCAUUGGACACGUACCCCAGUUCAUCUCGCAGUUCACUCGCAUCUCAUACAUGAAUUUGUCAAACAACCUGUUGAACGACCUGCCCAAGGAGUUCGGUGUCCUGGUUACUCUACGUGAACUUAAUGUUGCAAACAAUCGUUUUCAGUUCAUUCCAAAUGGGAUUUACGAACUACAAGGCCUGGAGAUUUUUAUAGCCAGUGAGAACCACAUCAAGCAAUUGAAUGUUUCGGGUCUUCAGUGUAUGCCCCGCUUGACGACCCUGGAUUUGCGUAACAAUGAUAUCGACAAUGUGCCACCCAUUUUGGGCAACCUGACCAAUAUAACUCACCUGGAACUGGUUGGUAAUCCGUUUCGACAGCCGCGCCAUCAGAUCCUCAUGAAGGGCACAGAGGCCAUUAUGUCCUAUCUGCGGGAUCGCAUCCCCACGUAGAAGAAAAGGACUCACAAUUGACACACAAACUACGUUUUAAGCAACACUUUACUAGCAAUCUGUUUAAUUUGACGAAAGUUUAUACCGAAAUUUGCAGUUCUGUUCGAUCCCGUCCACACACAGCCAAUCUUUGGGUUCAAGGUUUGAGUCUGUGUGGGCGCAAUCGCUUGGAUACUUUAGAUACUAAGAGACACUCCGUGUGACCAUCAACUGAACUAGUCAGCGCGAGGCAAUACACGACGCUGGCUACACGUUAAUCCUGGCUAAGAAUCUACAAUAAAUGGGAAUAGAAUGAGAA